UAUGGACAGAAAGAAAGCAGAAGAACAACUAUUGAAACCUGACACUCCUCCGGGAACUUUUCUCAUAAGAGAGUCUAGAGGAGGAAAUUCCCUUGUGCUAUCAGGUAGAGACUUUGAUCCAAAGACAAAUAAUGCGUGUGUAAGACAUUACAGAAUACGUCGGUCGAAUAACGGAGGAUUCUAUAUCAGUCGAAAGAGAAUUUUUGACAACAUGCUUGAUCUGAUCUUCCACUACCGAGGUGAUGUAACGGACCUAUUCUACGGUAAAUUGAAGAUUCCGGACACAGAGAUUCAACCUCUUGUAGAGUUCAGGGAGCUAGAGGUGUCGCGACAGUCGGUGAAACUUCUCGAGAAACUUGGAAGUGGUAGUUUUUGCAGAAGUUUAUCUUAGUAAUUUGCAUAAUACAGUAGACGUGGCUGUGAAAAGGUUGAAGCAAGGUAAGAUGACGGAUUUCCUGGCCGAGGCGAAGAUCAUGCAUCAUUUAAGACAUAAUAAACUGUUACAGCUGAUGGCAGUGUGUACAGAAUCAGAACCUAUCUGGAUUAUAACUGAGCUCAUGAGUAAAGGGACGCUAUUAGAUUAUUUACGCUAUGAUACAGACAGAACCAUUGACUUCAAUUCAUUAGCUUAUAUGGCUGGCCAGAUAGCAGAUGGUGUGGCUUAUAUGGAAAGUAAGAAUUAUGUACACAGAAAUCUGAGAGCUGCUAAUAUUCUUGUUGGUGAUCACAACAAAGUUAAGGUGGCAGGUUUUCGUCUGGCAAGAUCGAUUCAUGAAAGUUUUGAUGACUCGCAUGAAAAUACAAAGUUCCCUGCAAAAUGGACAGCACCUGAAGCAGCAUUUACAAAAAAAAUCAGCAUAAAAUCAGAUGUAUGGUCAUACGGUGUGUUGUUGUAUGAACUGAUUACUUUUGGAAGAGAUCCCUACGCUGGUAUGGACGGACUCGUGGUGCUAAAACGAUUAGAAGCAGGAUUCAGAAUGGACAAACCAAGGCCGUAUCAUAUUCCUUGUCCUGACCCUUAUUAUGAGAUAAUGCUAAAAUGUUGGAACAGGAUUGCAGACAGUAGACCAACAUUUGCUUUUCUCCAAGAUUACUUCUACAACUAUAUGAUUUAAGCAGGUAUAAUUCAUGGUGGUUUACCUACUCUGAAUUAUUUUGGAUCAAAUCAGCUUCCCAGACUAUCGAUGAACAUAAAAUGGAGUGUACAAAAUAUGUAAAAUAUCAAAACAAAUAUGUGUAAGUUAGCCAAAGUAGCAAUUAUGCAGAACAUUAACAAAUGUUAGUCAGUUGUACAAUGUAAAUGAUAUUACAUGCGUUUCGACAUACGUUUUUUUAAA